CGAGUCCGGGGAACAGCCGACAGGAAGCUGCACUACAGGAAGAUGGCGCGCGGCUCUGGACGGGAGGAUUCGUUUGACUGCAUCUUCCUGGCGGAUGACAGGUUCUACUUAGAGGGGUACCGUGAAGGUUUCGAAGCGGGAUCCCGACGAGGGAAGCUGGAGGGACGUAGACACGGAGCGUCGCACGGAGCUAAAUUCUCCACCGAGAUAUCCUUCUACUAUGGGUUUGCUAUUUCCUGGAAAUGUUUCCUCCAAAAAGAUGUAGAUGCCAAAUCAAGGAAGCGUGUGAAGGCUCUAGAGACUUUUUUAAUGCUCAUCCAGAUGUCCUCUCAUGAAGACGCCCAGAAUAAAAACUUACAGCACAAUGUGGAGAGGGUUCGGGCUAAAUUCCGACAGAAAGUUGAAUCUGUUCAUCUGGACACAAAGUUUAAUGUGAGAAGCCUUUCAUCACUCAUCUAAGUGAUUUCAUCAGUCUCAGCUGACUGCAGGUGUGCUCCUUAUUGAAUGUCCAUACAGACUUCAAUGACUACAUCAAAGGUUCCAGUGGGAUGUCUUUCUGAAAAACCUUAUCGGACUGUAUCAGAUCUGUGAAGAAGCAACAAUAUGAAUGGCAAGAGGAGUGCUCUAGGGAAGCCCAGCUGUGAGGCAGGCAGAGGGUGGCCAGUGAUUACUCUGCAACUGAGUGGUUUGAUAUAUUGGGGUUUAAAACACUGACUGUCAUUUGGAAAGAAAUAUGUGGUGGAUUAGCCUAUAUUAAAAUGAAAAUUUCUCAGAGUACUGUAAACUUCAUGACUCUGGGUAUAAUAUAUGCUAUAGAUGAAAGUGAUUGAAUAUUAUCAAAGUUGGCACUCAACUUUGUGAUUCUUGGUGUUGUUUUGAAAAACCAAAGACUGUACUUUGUCAGGCUCUAAAAUUGUGUUUGUAAAACAUGACCAUGAUUCAGUGCACAUAUGAUGUAGCAAUAUUGUUGGUCAAACAGGUAGUGUUUCAUCUACUCAGAAAUACCAGUGGCUGCUAAAAAUACAAGCGGUAUAUUACUAAAUACACGCUUCCUGAGACAGCCAAGACACAGCUUCCUCACACACAAAAACGACUGAUAAAUCCAGGCAAUGGACAGUUCCUUCCCCCAUAACAGUUACUGGAGGAAAAAGAACAUUUCUUCCCUGUCAACUUCUCGUACACUUUGUCUGUUCACUUGCUGAAAAAAUUGGGGACAUCCGGGCAUCCAGAUAGCGUAGCGGUCUAUUCCAUUGCCUACCAACACGGGGAUCGCCGGUUCGAAUCCCUGUGUUACCUCCGGCUUGGUCGGGUGUCCCUACAGACACAAUUGGCCGUGUCUGCGGGUGGGAAGCCGGAUGUGGGUAUGUGUCCUGGUCACUGCACUAGCGCCUCCUCUGGUCGGUCGGUCGGAUAGUGUGAUCCUCCCACGUGCUACAUCCCCCCGGUGAAACUCCUCACUGUCAUGUGAAACGAAGAGGCUGGUGACUCCACAUGUAUCAGAGGAUGCAUGUGGUAGUCUGCAGCGGCAGAGGGGGUGGAGAGGCGACCAGGACGGCUCGGAAGAGGGAAGUGUGAGGUAAUUGGCCGGGUAAAAUUGGGGAGAAAAAAAAAGGGGGGGGGGAUUAGGUACAUCCAUAUGUCCUUUGCUUAUCCAAGAACGCACGCAUUUUGUUGACAGGCAUUUGUAACAGCGCAAAACACCAGAUAUCAAUGUACACUUGGUGGUAAUUUCCAUAAAUCUGUCAGUGUCGUGGUUCAUGGAUCCAAAUACAUCCGAAAAAUUCUGUUUGACUCCCCCCACAUGACUAAUUCUCAGAAAAUUGAGGGACAAGACUCUUAUCUCCUUCGCCUCCAUGUCACCUCUUGGUUCAGAAAAUGUGCAGACAGUCCAAAUUUAAAUUUUUAUUUUUUUUCAAGUUAAUGAUGUAAUGAAAGCCUUUCAAAAUCCCAUGUGGAUAAACUGAAACACAGUGGUCAAGCUAAAUUUUAUUUUAAUUUUCUUGAUUCUUUAAAAGUUGAUAUUUUUGAGAUCAAAGUCUUUCUUCUGAUAGUGGUUCAGUUGAAAUAAAGAUGGAGUUGAAAUGA